UGAAGAAUCGCCAUUUUGCUUUUUCAGUUUCCCUGAAUUUGUGCAUGUGUGAAAAUUUUAGCCGAAAAAGUGAACCGCACCAAAAAAUUAGCGCGGUUUUUUGUGAAAAUAAUUCACAAAUUUAGUGAAAUUUUGACGGAAACUCAGUGCAAAACUUGUACGAAACAUUCAGUUGUUUAGUUUAUAAGUGCGGAGAGUGUUAUGAAGUGAAAAUAGAACGUUGAGUUCAUAGCAAAAAAAUUGGCAGCAGCUUAGCAGUGUAUUGUGUUCUUGCAAAAUGGAAAACGUUGUCGCCUUCAAUAAUGAGCUCUCUAGCCUCUAUGAGCAGAAACCGCCUAUAUCAAAGGCUAAAAUGGCAGCAAUCACUAAAUCGGCUAUGCGCGCCAUCAAAUUCUACAAACACGUCGUUCAAAGUGUCGAGAAAUUCAUACUCAAAUGUAAACCGGAAUAUAAAGUGCCCGGCUUGUACGUCAUCGAUUCAAUCGUACGACAGUCGCGUCAUCAAUUCGGACCAGACAAAGAUGUUUUUGCGCCACGUUUUGCCCGCAACAUCAAGGAAACUUUCGCGAAUCUAUUUCGUUGUGCUCCCGACGAUAAAAGCCGCAUUAUACGUGUGCUUAAUUUAUGGCAGAAGAACAAUGUCUUUGCUCCUGAAGUUAUACAACCGAUUUUCGAUUUAGCCGAUCCCAAUCAUCCGAUUUAUCAACUACCACCACCAGGCGCUGCUGGUGGUCAAGGCAUUGGUGGAAGUGGUUUAGGUGAUAUUUCAUCGGGUGGAGCCAAUGGGCUGAAUAUAUCAAGUUCUUCUAUGGACAUAAGCAUUGGCAAUAUGAAUGCAGCUGCUAUGGCAACAGGAUCCAACAAUAUCGAUGAUAAGCAUGGUGGAAUGCCGGAUUUGUCGUCGAUGAGUCAUGAGAAGGCUCAGAGCGUACUUGAUAACAGUACAUUGCGUCAACUGGAACAUAUGCAGCAAUAUCUAAAACGCCAUAGCGCUGUAUCAGCGCCAGUGAGCUCGACCAAGUCAACACGUGAAUUGCGUGAAAUGCGUGAAACUACACGUGAACCACGCGAGUCGCGUGAGCUGCGUGAAUCACGUGAAGGACGCGAAUUGCGAGAGCUACGUGAAACUCGGGAACUUCGUGAAACGCGAGACCUUCGUGAAACGCGUGAACUUCGGGAAACGCGGGAAAUUCGUGAAUCGCGAGAUCUGCGCAUCGAUCGAGAUGCACACGAGUACGCACGUCUGAUCGAUAGCGGCGCAGCUGGUAUGAGCAGUCGAAAUACCAACAGUAGUGGUGGUGGUGGAAAUGGCGGCGCCGGCAGCAGCGGUCUCCCCGGGGCUGGCAAUAAGACGCAACACACCGAAUCGUAUGCAAAAUAUUCGAAAAGCACACAUGAAGUUAUAAUCGAAGAUGAUGAGGGCAUAGACAACAACUCACCGCAGCAUACAUCUAAGCUGAUUGAUAAUAACAAUCUGCAACAACUACUCAAUGAUCCCAAUGUUUUGCGCCAACUGCAAACCCUGCAAAAUUUCCAAAAAAUGAAACAGCAGGAAGAACAGCAAUACAAAAUGAACGAAAUGCGCAUGCAGGAAGUAGAGUUCGAGAAACAUUUACAAAAUGUUUUAAAGACGCAAUCUGGUGGUCACAACAUUGCCCCUGAUACUAACGAGUUCAACAAAGAAGUGGAAUUUGUGUCGGUGGAACAGAAAAUUGAGGUUAUCAAUUUGGAUGGCAACGACUCACGCAGCCCAUCACCAUCGCAUGAUCGUGAUCGCUAUAAGCCUACUCGUCGUCGCAGCAGCCGUAGCCGCAGUCGUUCGCGCUCCCGAGACCGUGGUCGCCGUCGGCGUUCACGUUCUCGUUCACGCAGCCGUUCACCACGCGGCUCGUACAGACGUCGAACUUCACGUGAUCGUGAUCGCAGCGAACGAAGUAGCAUCAGAGAUAAGGAGAAGGAACGCGAGCAUGAGCGCGAGCGCCGCAGGAAAGGACUGCCAGAUGUAAAGAAGGAGCAUUUAAGCGUUUGCAGUACUACAUUGUGGGUGGGUCAUCUCUCAAAACUUGUCUACCAAGAGGAAUUAUCCGACACAUUUGGCGCGUAUGGCGAUAUCGUAAGCAUCGAUUUGAUUGUGCCGCGUGGCUGUGCAUUUAUCGUUAUGAACAGACGUCAGGAUGCGCACAAAGCCAUGCAAGGUCUGAAGAAUCACAAACUUCAGGGCCGCGCCAUCACCAUCUCGUGGGCUGCCGGCAAGGGUGUUAAAAGCAAGGAGUGGAAGGACUUCUGGGAUCUGGAGUUGGGUUGCACCUACAUCCCUUGGACUAAGUUGGAUAAUGAAACGGAUUUGGCUUCCUUAGAAGAGGGCGGCAUGUUCGACGAAGAUUCAAUGCCCGGUUGGGUGAAGGACAAAAUCAAUCAUAUGAAAAGUUUGAAGGAGCAAGCUGCAGAGAAUGCAGCUAAUAUGCCUAGCGGCGCACCGCCUGCAUCAGGUGGCAAUAAUCCACCAGGUGGAUUACUGUUUGGCAUCGAUACUACACAACCGCCACCGGGCCCACCACCUACUGCAGGGCCACCGCCAAAAAUGCCAAUGAUGGCCAUGCAAUUCCCUAUGGCGCCUCCAAUGGGCGGACCACCACGAAUGCUCGGCGGUCCCAUGGGUCCGAUGCCUCUCUCCGGCAUACCUAUGCCACCGAACAUGGUUCCCGGUAUGCCUCCACCACAUCCGAUGAUGAUGCCAACUGGUAUGAUGCCACCAGGUUUUCCGCCUAUACCUGGUCAGGUGACCGGUGGCAAUGGUCCGCCCCCUGGCAUGGGACCACCAAUGGGAAUGCCACCGCCAGGCGGGCCAGGGCAGUUCCCACCUCCAGGCGCUAUGGUAGGUGGUGUGCCCCCACCUGCUGUUGGCAAUGUACCUUCCAAUGACGAUCAAAUGGAUAUUGAAAUGGAUGAGGAGGAUGGGCCGAAUUCGGCCAACAUACAGACGACAGUAGGUGCACCCUCUAUAAACUUUAAUCAGCCACCACCGAUGUUUGGUGGACCGGGAGGUCCAGGUGGACCCGGUGGACCAGGUCCUGAAAAUAGCGGGGGCGAUAUAUUUAGCCGUGAACGUCCACGUGACCGUGGCGGUCCCGGUGGUGGUGGCAGUCGCUGGGGUAAUCGUGGGGGCGGCGGCGAAGAAGUAGAUUUGAUUGAAGCUGCAAAAAGGUGGCGUGAAAAUGGAGGGCCGCCUAAUUUCAAUGAAGGCAAUAUGAGUGGACCACCUAACUUUAAUGAGGGUGGCAUGGGAGGCCCCCCGCCCUUUAACGAAGGUGGUAUGGGGGGUGGACCACCAAAUUUCAACGACGGCAACAUGACUGGUGGACCACCAAAUUUCAACGAAGGCAACAUGGGUGGCGGACCCCCAAAUUUCAACGAUGGCAACAUGGGUGGACCGCCUAAUUUUAAUGAGGGUGGUCGUGGAGGACGUGGUGGCGGACCAAUGAACAUGCCGCCGCUGGAUAUGAAUAAUCCACCACAUCGUCCCGAUUUUAUGAAUGAUUUUGAUGGCCGCGGAGGACCGCGCUUAAUGGGACCGCGUGGCGGCGGCAAUCACAAUGGUGACUUCUACCCCCCUAACAUGCAGAAUCGCUUCAAUCAACCUACCAGUCUUAUGCAAAUGCGUAUACCGCCACCCAAUGCGUUUAAUCAACGUAUGGGUGGGCCGGGAGGUGGUCCAAUGUUUAUGCGCGGAGGACCAGGUGGUGGCCCAGGACAAGGACAAGGUCCAGGAAGACAAGGCUUCUUCAAUCCGCGCAAUCCGUUCGAUCGGGAUGGACCGGGACCAGGCCGUGGCGGUCGAGGUGGUCGUGGAGGUCGUGGUGGUGGUCGAGGAGGCGGACCGCCGGGUCAUGGAGGUCCAAGCAAUUGGAGUGAUGAGGAAGCUGACGAUGGCAACAUGUUCAAACGGCGUGGUGGAGGACCUGGUGGGCCGGGCGGCAACCGUUUCCGGGAUCGCGAUGGGCCCGAAGAACGGCAUGUACGAGGUGGUCCAGGUGGCAACCGAAGGGGUGGCCCUGGUGGCGGUCGUGAACGCCCGGAUCGUGGCGAUCACCGAGAUAACGAGCGGGGCGACCGCGGACGAGGCGGAAACCGGCGGAACUCACGUGAGGAAACUCGCGAUGAAGCACCCAAACCAUUAACAAAGCCAGGCGCUAAAUUUGCGGACACUGAAGCUGAUUGGGAUCUAGAAUUGCAGGAUUAUAAACCAGAGAGUGCAUCAAUAGCAGGAGCGAAAGACGCUAACAGCAGUAGAACAACGAAAGAUAAAGAAGAAAAUAUAGAUAUCGCAGCCAAGAAACCAAGCCAACCCACAGGAGUGCAAAGGCAUAACCCAUUUGCAUCAGGACCAAAAGUUCUGAACGAGCCGCAAUCAAAGCAAGUAAAUUUACCGGCCAAAUUAGAGGUGCAAAAGGAAAUUAAGGAGUCAAGUGAGAGGCCGCAGCAGCAACAACCAGCAGUAGUAGAACCUACUGAAGCAAAGGCAGCGCCCGCGCCAGAAGCUGCACCGAAAGCAGCGCCAGUAAUAACGCCAACCCCCGCAAAGCCGACAGCGGAUGCUGAGAGUAAAAAGCCCACACCAAAACCAGUAGCAGCGGCAGCUGCACCAAGCACAGACUCGGUUGCACCGACACCGGCCGCCAAGGAAGCGGAAAAGCCAAGUGAAUGAAAACAUCACAGUUGCGAUGAUGGUGAUGAAUAGAGAAGAAAUUCAAUUCACACGCCUAAAUAUUAGAUGUUAGCAAAGCAAUUUUCUAUUUUUAUUUUGUUAAAUAUUAAUCUAUAAUCUAUAGAAAGUUACAUAAAAAAUAAACAACAAAUACCUAUUUUAUUGCCUAAUUUGUAAAAUAUGAAUGUAACAUGAGAAUUAUUUUACUACAACAAGAACUUUAAAGCCUGUGUCUAUAAUUUGUAAAAAAAAAAUGUAAAGAAUGUCUGCAAUCACGCAUUGAUGAAUGAAGUCGUGAGAAAAUCGCAUACAAAACAAAGGAUGGAAUCAAAUAAGUUCAAAAUUCAUAGACAAACUAUAAACAGCACUAGCAAGCAUUCAUACAAUCGAUGUUAAGAGCUUCACUGAGAGUAUUCUUAAAAACGAACCAAGACAAACCACUAUUCACAAAUGAACCAGAUUCGAAGACAAACUAAAAUUCCAUAUGUAUGUACUAUAGCCAAGUUAGAAAAGUUGUAGUUUAAAUAUGGAAGGAAUCUUCCCAAGACAGGCUUUUUUGCACACAAAUGCCAGAGAUUCAAAUACUGUUUAUUGUGUUUAUAAUAUAAAGAAUUUUCAAAGCUUAGCUUAGAAACGCCUUCCAACGCAAAUACAAAAUGAAAAACAUUACUAAAUUAACCUAUUUUGAGUUGGAAAACAUAUAACAUUACGCAUAAUGCUAACAUUCUAAACAAAGACAAUUUCAAGUGGGCGUCUCUUGAUCAAGCAAAUGCAUAUGCCAUAGCCGAACGAGGGACCUAUUUUUGAAUUUCCAGAAAAAAAGUUUUGAACGAUGUUCAAAACUCAUAAUAACUGCAUAUAAAAAUGAAUUGAUGAGUUAGUAGAUAUGUAUGUAUUCAAUUAGAUUACAGCAAAUUAUCUUACAUGUAUGUAUAUGUAAUACGGAUAUCCUUUGAACAAAUAAAUACGCAAAUUAAA